AAUAAAGUAUGUCACUGUUAUCCAAUUUUACGACAAUUUCUGCCAAACGGUUUCAUCACAAUAAUUGUCUUCUUCUUGCUUAUGGAUUUUCUUCUCUCUUUCAAAUGUACUUUUGUUGAUUUGCUUAAUUCCGUCUUCUCUCCCUUUAUCAAGACUCAUUAAAUAUGUCAUUCAAAAAGUCGCAAGGAGUUGACUUGUCUCUGUCAUCUACAGAGCAACAAACUAAGAUCAAUGAGGUGCGAAAAUUAAUUGGUCCUGCUCUUAACAAAUUUCCAACAAUGUGUUCGGAUGCAUCAAUUCUAAGAUUUCUGAGAGCACGAAAUUGGCAUACAAAAAGGUCAGCCAAAAUGCUCAAAGAAGCAUUAAUAUGGAGAUUAGAAAACAAACCAAACAUGAUCCGUUGGGAUGAUAUUGCUAAACAAGCAGAACCUGGAAAAGUUUACAAAGCCAACUAUUUUGACAAGUAUGGAAGGACUGUGCUUGUCAUGAAGCCUGGAAUACCGAAUCCUUACUCCGUAGAGAUGCAAAUGAGAUAUCUAAUUUAUUGCAUGGAGAAUUCUAUAUUGGAUCUAAAAUCUGGUCAGGAGCAAAUGGUUUGGUUGAUCGAUUUUGAAGGAUGGAACAUGUCUAGCAUAUCAGUAAAGGUGACUAGGGAAACAGCACGUCUUCUGCAAGAUUGUUAUCCAGAGAGGCUAGGUCUUGCAAUCCUUUAUAAUCCACCAAAAGUUUUUGAGUCCUUCUGGAUUUUGGUAAAACCAUUCCUUGAGAAGAGGACAUACAAGAAAGUGAAGUUUGUGUAUCCAAAUGAUGUAGAUACUCAAAAAGUAAUGGAAGAUUUGUUUGAUAUGGAGAAGCUUGAAUCAUGUUUUGGAGGAAAAUGGACACAUGAUUUUGAUUAUGUCACUUACUCUAAUCGUAUGAGAGAGGGGGAUAAGAUGAUGACUGAUUUUGUUAUUUCUGGUGCUCCUUUGCCCUCUGACCAAUUCCAAUUGUCUACGGAUGAAACAACAUCCAAUUUCAAAACUUCACACGACACCAGUGAAAAUCAUCCAAAUAUUGAUGACAUAAAACAAACCGACUAAACAAUCUUCAUACAUUCAUUAUCUACUUGUUGUAAUUUUUGUACACUCACAUUAUAUGAAUCUCAAUUUUAUUUAAUUCAUCUU